AUGGCUAAAGUUAUAGUUAAGGGAAGCAUAUUUGAUGAAAAUGUAAAUGUUAAGGAUCAAGAAAUUAUGACCAAAAGGCUAGAAUUUUUAGAGAGCGAAAUGAUUCUGCCACCAAGUAGUAUGAAAGGUGUUAUUGAUAAAACAGCUGCUUUUGUUAAAAAAAAUGGAAGAAUAUUCGAACAGAAAAUAUAUAAAGAAAAAGAAAAACAGUUUGGCUUUAUAAACCCUACGCAUCCUUAUUUUUUUUAUUAUCAAUAUAAGUUACAUGAGUUAUUUCUAGGUGCAGAAGAAAGGAAGAUAAUUCCUAAGGCUAUUAUGGAGAUAAAAAAAAGAGAAGACUUAAAUAAAUCUACUAAUAAUGAACACAUUUUAAAGAUAUGUGAUUUUGUAAAAGAAGACAAUAAAAAAGAGAAAAAUAAAAUUAUCUACUCAAUAGAUGAUCAAGCAGAAGAAGAAGGAAUACAAAACCAAGAAGAAAAAAUAGAAAUAAAGGAAGACAUAUAUACAAUUAUAUCUCCAUUUAUCAGUUCAGUAGAUGUUGAUUUAAUUAAAACAACAGCAUUGUUUGUUGCAAGAAACGGAAAUAAAUUCCUAAAUGAACUUAUAGAAAGAGAAAAAAAUAAUAAUCAGUAUGAUUUUUUAAGAGCAAAUAAUUUGUACUUUAAUUUCUUUUCUAAACUUAUUGACAUCUAUGUAAAGUGCUUACUUCCAAAUACAGAUAUAAUAGAUAAAAUAAAAAAAUAUUCAAACAACAAAAGUGAUAUUCUAAAUUAUUCUUAUAGUAUUUAUAACCAUAAUAUGAAAAAAAAAGAAGAAGAAGAAAGAAAAAUUGAAGAAAAAACAAAAUGUGACACAUUUUAUGAUUGGGUAAGUUUCUCCGUUGUAGAAACAAUUAACUUUGACGAAAAUAUUGAAUAUUUGCCACAGUCAAUCGAUUUUAAUAAUGUCGAAAAUUAUGUAUUAAAUCAAUUAUUCGAUACGGAUAAAAAAUAUACUAAUUUGGAAAAAAUAGAUAAUAUUUAUUAUCACGCGAAUAAUGUAAGUAAAGUAAUAGAUGAAGGAGAAGAUAUGGAAGGAGUGGAAGAAGAAGAUAAACACGAUACAGAUAAAGGGGAAGUAGAGGAAGAAGAAGAUACAGAGAUAACUAAACUAAGAAAUAAAUAUACGCAUGAUGCAGCAGAAGAAUCGAAAGAAAGUUCCUCAGAAAAGGAUGAUAAUAUUAUUACUAGUAAAAAGGAUAUCAAAGAACAACAAAAAGGACACAAACUUGAUAAAUUGGACAAAAAUAAAGAAGAUAAUGAUAAUGAAUCACUGAAUAAGGAAGAAAUUAAAGAUGAUAAUAUUCAAGUUGUUGAUGAUGAUGAUGAAAAUGAAGAAAAAAUUAUUGUCGUAAAGAAUUACGAAAAAUCCAAGAAACAUAGAAUAAAUAAUGAAAAUAUGCAUUUAUGCCCAAUAACAAAUCAACCAAUUGAUAUAAAUGAUAUGACGAAACAUCUGAAAACAUUAUUAUUGGACCCACAGUGGAAAGAACAAAAAGACAAAUUAUAUGAGAGGGCAAAGAAGGAAGCGUCUUUCACACCUCUUGAGGAUAUUGAAGGAAAUUUAUCUCUUUUUGUUAUUAACAGACCAGAUCUUUUUGGAUCUAUUGACGAAGAAAUUAAUGAACAUACAUCAAAUGAAAAUAAAAAAAACACUAAAAAUGCAAACAGUAAUAAAAAUGAAGAUGUCUACAGCUAUAUUCAUAAUAUUUACAACAAAAUUUUGCCAGGACCAUCCAUGGCGCAUUAUCCUCAAAAUGAUGAUAAAGGAAAAAAAGAAGGGAAUAUUCAAAAAAAUAAAAAGCAAAGAAGAAAUUAA